CCGAAUUAGAAAAUCCUGGGUUAACAAAGAUAGUCGAUAUUCCCUCUGAUGUCUACGCUUUUCUCUCCCUCAUUCCCAUCUCUUGGACGACUAUUUAUGGCAUGACGCGUGCUGGAUCCAACUGACGAAUCGUUUAAGUUGGGUUUUAUACCGUUUCACGGAGGUGGGUUACGAUUUGAUUACUAAAUCUGGCAUUGAAACAUCUCGGAUAACUGCGCGCACUCGCUCCGCCACAAAGGGGAGAGCAGUCGAACACGGAAACGCGGAUCACAAUGAUGAUGAGCCCAGACAGAGAUUUACAGCUGAUUAGAAAACAAGAAAGGGCGCAUUUCUUCAGUUCUAGAGAGCAGGAGCUCAUUUUGAAGUUGUAUGAAGAAGAACGAGAGAUCCUGACAGCUAAAUCCAACACAACCUGUGCCUCCAAACAGAGAGAGGAAGCCUGGCAAAGGAUUGCUGAUCAAAUAAAUGUUGUUUCAGACAGUGGCUAUAAAAGGACAUGGCAGCAAGUAAAAGUCAAACACAAGAACAUAGUCCAAACAGCAAAAAGAAAACGGGCCGAGGUGAUAAGGAUUGAGGGGGGGUCAGAAACCCCCUCUCUGACCUCUGCUGAGGAGGAUGUGCUGCAGCACAGAGACAGCACUCUCAGAGUUGAGGUUCUGCCUGGAGGUGCUUGUAUUGCCCCCAUAACUGGAUCUGAUAGCUCUUUUAUGAGUGUGUCAGGCCACCCAGUCCUCCUCCUGCCUGUAACAAAGACUGAACCAGAAAGUUUGAGUGGUGAUGAGACAGACAUCAGUGAUGCUCAUUUUGAAGGGGAUUUAAAUAGCAGUAGCUUCCAGGAGGUCGGCAGUUCAGCAGAGGCUACAACUGGUGGUAGAAGUGCAGAGAAGCAAACAGAAGACUUAAGGGCCCUUUACUGCUGUUAUCUCAAAAAGGAGAUGGAGAACCGGGACCAAGAGAUGGCUUACAGAGCACUUAAAAUGAGGAAGCUGGAAAAAGAAAUUCUAUUACUUGAUAAACAGCUGAUGUGAUUGUAAAUUUGUACAUAUUUUUAUCUCGCCCUUACAAUAUGAUAAGCUAUAUCGCUCACUCAUUACCUGCAUAAACUGAUAUGCCAUCGUUAUCACAGCACACCCAGACUGGCAUGUGUUGCUUGCAGUUAAGCCAGCAGUGCGCUUAUACUAUUAGGUUGGUCAUGUUUACAAGAAGAGGUGACCCUUUCUGUUUUUUAAAAAAUAUUUUACUGUGUUACAUGCAGCAGUAGCUACUUAUGCCAUCAUUGGAGUGUCACUGCCUGGCAGCAGCUGCCCACAGUGAAGUUUAGUGUAGAUCAGAUGGAGAUUCCACAUCUAAAAAUCUGGAUUAACACUUUUCAUAUGACAACAGUUUUUGCAUAAUCUCCAGGCAUUCAUAUGGCAAUGACGAAAUACCUCAGCAACCCUUUAUUUCAGUGUAUAUAACCCAACAUUAUUGAUUGGCAGGUGCUGAUUUUGCAUUCUGAAUGUAAUCUGCUGCUGUUGGAAACAAUAAUCACAUCUCAAUGCAGUCCGCUAGCCUGCAUUUCUGCCAGUUUCACUCCUUGCUUAUUUCAGAGGUUUUUUCAUGGAAUCUCACUCGAAGAAGGGGAAAAUUUCUAUGUUGGUUUGAGGUCAGUUUACUUUUUUGAAUUGUAAAAGCAGUUUUGCUUUCUAUUAUUUGAUUUUUUUUGUGACUUCACUCUGCUGUAAUAUUUGUAGUACAAUGGGAAAUUACAGAUAACAUGAGGUUAAAAAUUCAAAAUAGAUUUCUAGCUGCAACAGCAGCAGCAGCAUGUGCUACUUGUUUUUAAAUGAUAUGGUACUUGCAUCUUUAUAUUGUAGAAUUAUUUCUAAAUGCCUCAAGUGUAUUAGGUUAAGAUGUAAAUGUAUAUAUUUUUAACUGUAACUUUUUUUUUAAACAUAUUGAAUUGCUCCAUAUUCUAAUCAGCGUUGCCAUUGUUUGUCAUUAAUAUUCAUCACCAUUUAUUUAAAAUGUACUUUGGUUUGUUUUAAUAUUUAUUAGAUUCUGUUGCUGCGAUUAGACUUUAGAUUUUUUUUUUAUGAUUUUUGCACAUGUGAUUAGGCUUUAACACGGAAAAUAUUAAUAAUAAAAAAAUAAUAUGACAUGGUUAAUGUGACAUGGUCC